CCCGAGCCGCGGGCGCUGGAGCGGCUGUCGGCGCGGCGGCGGCGGGCAGGCGUGAGCCGAGAGCCCGGCGCUCGAGCGGGUGGAGCGCGGCGCGGGGACGAGGUGCAGCGGGGCCCGUGGCACCACCAGCCCGGGUCGACAGACAGGUGUGCCGGCGCCGCAGCUCCAGCAGCUUCAGGCCCGGCCCAGGGUCCGGAGCCCGCAGCCACUAAGCGGAGCGGGAAUCCCGCGCCCUCGGUCCAGUUCCGGCCCCGCCCGCACUCAGCUUGGCCGCGGGGUGCGGAGACCACGGCCCGGCCAGGCCACCCGAAGCCUAGUGCUGGGCCGGGCCGGGCCAGGGUGGGUGGGGGCCCGCCCGGCCCGCCCAUGGGCUCAGGAUGCCGGUGCGGAGGGGCCACGUCGCGCCGCAGAACACCUUCCUCGACACCAUCAUCCGCAAGUUUGAGGGCCAGAGCCGCAAGUUCAUCAUCGCUAACGCGCGCGUAGAGAACUGCGCUGUCAUCUACUGCAACGACGGCUUCUGCGAACUGUGUGGCUACUCGCGGGCCGAGGUGAUGCAGCGGCCCUGCACCUGCGAUUUCCUGCAUGGGCCGCGCACGCAGCGCCGCGCCGCCGCGCAGAUCGCGCAGGCCCUGCUGGGCGCAGAGGAGCGCAAAGUGGAGAUCGCCUUCUACAGGAAAGAUGGGAGCUGCUUCCUGUGUCUGGUGGAUGUGGUACCCGUGAAAAAUGAGGAUGGGGCUGUCAUCAUGUUCAUCCUCAACUUUGAAGUAGUGAUGGAGAAGGACAUGGUAGGGUCCCCGGCUCAUGACACCAACCACAGGGGCCCCUCUACCAGCUGGCUAGCUUCUGGCCGGGCCAAGACUUUCCGCCUGAAGCUGCCUGCCUUGUUGGCACUGACGGCCAGGGAAUCAUCUGUGAGGACAGGAAGCAUGCGCAGUGCUGGAGCCCCCGGGGCGGUGGUGGUGGAUGUGGACCUGACGCCAGCAGCACCCAGCAGUGAGUCCCUGGCCUUGGAUGAGGUUUCUGCCAUGGACAACCAUGUGGCAGGGCUUGGGCCUGCAGAAGAGAGGCGAGCACUGGUGGGCCCGGGGUCUGCUUCACCAGUAGCCAGCAUCCGAGGCCCUCACCCAUCGCCACGGGCUCAGAGCCUUAACCCUGAUGCCUCAGGUUCCAGCUGCAGCCUGGCCAGGACACGCUCCCGUGAGAGCUGCGCUAGUGUGCGCCGGGCAUCAUCCGCGGAUGACAUUGAGGCAAUGCGGGCUGGAGCGCUGCCCCCUCCGCCCCGCCAUGCUAGCACAGGGGCCAUGCACCCCCUGCGCAGUGGCCUGCUUAACUCCACCUCAGACUCUGACCUUGUGCGCUACCGAACCAUUAGCAAGAUACCCCAAAUCACUCUCAACUUUGUGGACCUCAAAGGCGACCCUUUCCUGGCUUCACCCACCAGUGACCGGGAGAUUAUAGCACCCAAGAUAAAAGAGCGGACCCACAAUGUCACCGAGAAGGUCACCCAGGUCCUGUCCUUGGGAGCAGAUGUUCUGCCUGAGUAUAAGCUGCAGGCCCCAAGAAUCCACCGCUGGACCAUCCUCCACUACAGCCCCUUCAAGGCAGUGUGGGACUGGCUCAUCUUGCUGCUGGUCAUCUACACAGCAGUCUUCACACCGUACUCGGCCGCCUUCCUGCUGAAGGAGACUGAAGAUGGGUCCCAAGCCCCUGACUGUGGCUACGCCUGCCAGCCCCUGGCUGUAGUGGACCUCAUCGUGGACAUCAUGUUCAUUGUGGACAUCCUUAUCAAUUUCCGUACCACCUAUGUUAACGCCAACGAGGAGGUGGUUAGCCAUCCUGGCCGCAUUGCUGUGCACUACUUCAAGGGCUGGUUUCUCAUUGACAUGGUGGCUGCCAUCCCCUUCGACCUGCUCAUCUUUGGCUCUGGCUCUGAGGAGCUGAUCGGGCUGCUGAAAACUGCGAGGCUGCUGCGGCUGGUGCGCGUGGCUCGGAAGCUGGACCGCUACUCGGAGUAUGGGGCAGCAGUGCUCUUCCUGCUCAUGUGCACCUUCGCCCUCAUCGCGCACUGGUUGGCCUGCAUCUGGUACGCGAUCGGCAACAUGGAACAGCCUCACAUGGACUCACACAUCGGCUGGCUGCACAACUUGGGCGACCAGAUCGGCAAGCCCUACAACAGCAGCGGCCUGGGAGGCCCCUCCAUCAAGGACAAGUAUGUCACAGCGCUCUACUUCACCUUCAGCAGCCUCACCAGCGUGGGCUUUGGCAAUGUCUCUCCCAACACCAACUCAGAGAAGAUCUUCUCCAUCUGUGUCAUGCUCAUUGGCUCCCUCAUGUAUGCCAGCAUCUUCGGCAACGUGUCCGCCAUCAUCCAGCGGCUGUACUCGGGCACGGCCCGCUACCACACACAGAUGCUCCGGGUGCGGGAGUUUAUCCGCUUUCACCAGAUUCCCAACCCAUUACGCCAGCGCCUCGAGGAGUACUUCCAGCAUGCUUGGUCCUACACCAAUGGCAUCGACAUGAACGCGGUGCUGAAGGGCUUCCCUGAGUGCCUCCAGGCUGACAUCUGCCUACACCUGAACCGCUCGCUGCUGCAGCAUUGCAAGCCAUUCCGAGGGGCCACUAAAGGCUGCCUGAGGGCGCUGGCUAUGAAGUUCAAGACCACACAUGCACCACCAGGGGACACACUAGUGCACGCCGGGGACCUGCUUACUGCCCUCUACUUCAUCUCCAGGGGCUCCAUCGAGAUCCUGCGGGGUGAUGUCGUGGUGGCCAUCUUGGGGAAGAACGACAUCUUUGGAGAGCCUCUGAACCUAUAUGCCCGUCCUGGAAAGUCCAAUGGGGAUGUGCGGGCCCUCACUUACUGUGACCUGCACAAGAUCCAUCGUGACGACUUGCUGGAGGUGCUGGACAUGUACCCCGAGUUCUCAGAUCACUUUUGGUCUAGCCUGGAGAUCACCUUCAACCUUCGAGAUACCAACAUGAUUCCUGGCUCCCCAGGCAGCACAGAACUAGAGAGUGGCUUUAACAGGCAACGCAAGCGCAAACUGUCAUUCCGCAGGCGUACCGACAAGGACACAGAGCAGCCAGGGGAGGUGUCAGCCCUGGGGCAAGGCCCUGCCCGAGGUGGGCCAGGGCCGAGUUGCCGGGGACAGCCGGGAGGGCCAUGGGGGGAGAGCCCAUCCAGCGGCCCUUCCAGCCCAGAGAGCAGUGAAGAUGAGGGCCCUGGUCGCAGCUCCAGCCCCCUCCGCCUGGUGCCCUUCUCCAGCCCCAGGCCUCCAGGGGACCCCCCAGGUGGGGAGCCUUUGGCAGAGGAUGGGGAGAAAAGUGACACCUGUAAUCCCUUGUCAGGUGCCUUCUCUGGGGUGUCCAAUAUUUUCAGCUUCUGGGGGGACAGUCGGGGGCGCCAGUACCAGGAGCUGCCUCGAUGCCCUGCCCCUGCCCCCAGCCUCCUCAACAUCCCCUUGUCUAGCCCUGGUCGGCGAUCCCGGGGUGAUGUGGAGAGCAGGUUGGACGCACUCCAGAGACAGCUGAACAGGCUGGAAACCCGGCUAAGUGCAGACAUGGCCACUGUCCUACAGCUGCUACAGAGGCAAAUGACCCUGGUCCCUCCUGCCUACAGUGCUGUGACCACCCCUGGGCCCGGCCCCACUUCCACAUCCCCUCUGUUGCCUGUCGGCCCUGUCCCCACUUUCACCCUGGACUCGCUUUCUCAGGUUUCCCAGUUCGUGGCGUUUGAGGAGCUUCCUGCAGGAGCCCCAGAGCUCCCCCAAGAUGGUCCCACUCGACGCCUCUCCCUGCCCGGCCAGCUGGGGGCCCUUACCUCCCAGCCCCUGCACAGACAUGGCUCAGAUCCAGGCAGUUAGUGAUGCUGCCCAGUGUGGACAUGUGGCUCACCCUGGGUUCAGGGCAUUACCUGACCGCUCUCCUUGGAGACCCUGGUUUGGAGGGGAGACUAGUGCAGGAGCACCUCCAUCCCCACCCUUGGGACCAGCAUCUCCUCUUGCAAUACCCUGGGCCCCACUGGGAGGGGCAGGACAGAGCUGGGCAGUGGACAGGGGGGUCUGUGGUCCCCCCACUGCCCUGGGGGCAUUAGCUGGUCUAACUGCCCGGAGGCACCCGGCCCUGGGCCUUAGGCACCUCAAGGACUUUUCUGCUAUUUACUGCUCUUAUUGUUAAGGAUAAUAAUUAAGGAUCAUAUGAAUAAUUAAUGAAGAUGCUGAUGACUAUGAAUAAUAAAUAAUUAUCCUGAGGAGA